GUUGAAUUAACAUUCUCGACGAAACGAAUUGAAAUCAACCAUCCCGAGAUUCGUUUUAACAACGUACCAGUGAGAAAAAUUGAUGAACGUAAACACCUAGGUAUUAUUCUGGAUUUAAAGCUUUCUUUUUUGGCUCAUAUCAAAGCAGCAAUCUCUAAAGCAAGAAAGGGUAUCGAUUCUCUGAAACAUCUCUCCAAAUUCCUUCCCAGACAUACCCUAAACGAACUAUUCAAACUCUAUGUGCGACCUCACCUUGAAUACGGAGAUGUGAUCUAUCAUAUUCCAGCCAAAGCAUGUGAAUCCAGCGGUAAUGUUAUUUUGUCAAGUUUGAUGAAAAAGCUUGAAUCCAUUCAGUACUCAGCUGCUCUAGCCAUCACAGGAGCAUGGAGGGGGACAUCGCGAACGAAGAUAUACGCCGAGCUUGGUUGGGAAUCGUUAAGUUCCCGACGCUUGAGUAGACGCCUUACGUUGUUUUACAAAAUGAUGAAUAAUCAAACACUUGCAUAUCUAAUGGGUCCAAUUCCCACACUUCAACAGUCGCUUUACCCAAUAGACCUUUUUCCGGUUGCGGCCAUCAUCUUUCCGCGCAGUGCAUUGUGGAAUUGCCAGGGGGCAAACAAUCUGCACUGCAGUUUUCUUGCUCCGCAGGUAAAUAAGUGCUUCGCUUCAAGAUUUGUUAAAGUUUACUCAAAUUUUGCUCGCUUUCCUUAUUUUACUUCGACGUUAUGGGUAAAUCUGAUCAUUGUGCUGUUUGGGGCUGUGAUAAUGAUCGCAGAUAUCCUGACAAGUAUGUAAUUAAAGAACACAUUUCAGCAUUUGAUGGAUGCAAGCACAUUCGUUUUUGGUCAUGCAAAGAGAAAUUCUUCCGUACGUGGUCAAAGCUCAUCAACAGGGAUUUGAAAGUUGGGAAAUCAACAAAGGUAUGUUCCAACCACUUUCAAUACGGAAAGCCAACAGAUUCCUGUCCGCACCCCACAUUAUUUUUGAAGGGGUAUGAUGGGCCUAGUCAACCAAAAAGAAGGCGACUGGAUCGUUCAGAUCUUUUCAAGCCGACACACAGUGAAGCAACACCUGUUAACAUCAGUGAAACUGUAGAAAUUGAUAAUUUUCACGUGUCAGAAGUCAUUGCUGAAGAAAAUGCUGAUAACCAUCCUGUUCAUGAAUCUGUUGAUAUCCCUCAAAGUGGCUUGGACACUUCCAAAGAACGUCGUGCACAUCGAUUGUCUUGGGAUUCUAUUUCUGGUAACAACCCCAUCAUAAAAUUAUAUACAGGUUGCCCCACUGCCAAAGUUUUUUGUUCAUUGUGGAUCGUGUCAGAUCAAAGCAUGGCAAGAUCUCUUAUUUUAAAGGCAAGAAUUCAUUCCAGGUUAAAAACUACCAGCACAGCCCAUCAAAGCCUUUGUCAAGAAAAAAGACUGGACCAUCCCGCCAACUCAAACUGGAAGAUGAAAUUCUUUUAACCCUGAUGCGCAUUCGUCUGGACCCUCCAAUUGAAGACCUUGCUUUUCGAUUUAAAAUUUCUGCUAGCCAUGCAUCAAAAAUAUGUACAACCUUUUUUGUGUUGUUGGCACGACAGCUGGAGCCACUCAUUUAUUGGCCAACACCAGAAGAAACUCUAGCAUUCAAGCACCCCCACUUUUCUGGGGACUAUAACAAGUUUGAAGGCAUUGGUGAUUGCACUGAACAAGUUAUUCAAAAGCCUGCAAAUUCCAAGGCUCAGUACCAAACAUACAGCACAUAUAAGAGCAGAAAUACCCAAAAGAAAUUAAUAUUCUGUACAAAAGGAGGAUCAAUUAGUUUUGUGUCAAGGUCCUAUUCUGGCUCUGCUUCAGAUCGUUUUAUCACAGAAGACUCCAAUGUUGUGCAGAAAUUUCAUCCUGGGUUUAUUGCUAUGUUUGACAAGGGUUAC